AGAUAGGACACUUGGAAUAUUUUGGAAAAGGAUUUCAAGACAAUGCCAACAGUUCUGAGCUGAGGAGGAAAUAGAGCUGCCUCACUGAACAAAUGCAGACAGGAGGGGACACAGCUUUAGGAAGGAAUCAAUAGAUGUGUGCUGUUUUGAAAGAGGACAGAGGAUUCACAGAUCAAGCACUUGGACAACACAGAGGUGCACUGGCUCUUUGGGGGUAAUGAUGAAAAGGAAGAAGAAUUUAGUGGAGGACAGCACGACGCUCAUCGCUUUCUCUGACCACCCCGAACAAACCUACGGGAGCACAGAGAUGUGUGCAGCACUUCAGGAAAACAAAAACGUAUUUGGUGAUGGUGUCACCCGCAUUGAUUUUGUCUUGGUUUGGGAGGAGUCUGUGCACCCUUUAAAGUCUGCUGAAUCAGAGAAAGAAUCAUCCAGUUCCUCGUGUGAUAUCCACAGGAAGUGGAGGACAGAAUUUCUUUCCAGACUCCGGACUGCUGGCCUUCAUCAGGAGAUGAAAGAGGUUGUCCAGGGAAAAACAAAGACGACUUAUGUCCUUCUGAGUGCCCCCUGGAGUGUUCUGUGUUAUUACGCUGAAGAGACCAGCCUUCGAGUGCCAUUGCAGGUUGUGACAACUCCAACAUCAAACUGGUCCGAAGACAUCCUGAAUAAACUGCACAUCCCAAACAUAAUGGCUCAGGAUGUGCCCAACCACCCACCAGACUACUAUACCUGCCAGUUUCGCACCAAUAAACUAGAGAGGUUUCUUGGCCAUGAGAACAAGGACACCUUCUUUAAGACCACACAAAGGCAUCAGAUACUGUAUGAGAUAUUAGCCCGGACUCCAUUUGGAGCACUGAAAAGAGGAGAGGUUGGAGUUGGCAGACUUAUUAGUGAAAAGGUUCUUACUGCUGCUUUUCCUCUACAUGAGGGUCCAUUUGAAAUGCCAAAGACUUCAGUAGAUCCAAAGUCUCUGACCAUGAGACAGAUUCUGUAUAAUCACUGGGCUCGAUGGGCUUGCUGGAGGAAAUACCAACCUUUGGAUCACAUUCGCGAGUACUUUGGCGAGAAAAUAGCCCUCUACUUUGCCUGGCUGGGCUUCUACACAGGCUGGUUAUUACCAGCAGCAGUAGUGGGUUUCAUCAUAUUUUUGUUUGGUAUCUGGCUGAUGAUCACUGAUGUGCCAGCAGAACAGCUUUGUUCCAGUGGAGACACCUUUGUCAUGUGUCCACUCUGCAACAUCUGCAGCUACUGGAACCUCUCCAGCAUCUGCUAUACCUACAAGGCAGGCUUGCUAUUUGACAAUGGAGGAACCGUGUUCUUCAGCAUAUUCAUGUCUUUGUGGGCUGUCACCUUCCUGGAGUACUGGAAACGCACAAGCUCCAUACUGGCCCACCGAUGGGACUGCUCAGAAUUUGAAGAGAUAGAGGAGAGGCCAAGGCCAGAAUUCACAGCAUUGGCACCAAUGACGAUUCGUAAUCCUGUGACUGGGGCUGAGGAGCCCUAUUUCCCAGAGAGUCAACGACAGAGUCGGACUCUAACCGGAAAUAUGGUCAUCCUUCUUAUGAUUGCCAUCGUUUUGAUAUUCCUAAUGGCUAUUAUCCUCUAUCGGACUAUUAUAAGCAUCAUUAUCUACAGGUCUCACAGUGCCUUCUUCAUAUUCUCGGCUGGGAGGAUAGCCAGCCUAACUGGAUCAAUUCUAAAUUUGGUGGUUAUUAUGUUGUUGUCCCGGCUCUAUACAUACCUUGCCCAAAUUCUGACAAGAUGGGAAAUGCACCGUACCCAGACUAAAUAUGAGGACGCGUUCAUCCUCAAGGUUUUCAUCUUCCAGUUUGUCAACUUCUACUCAUCUCCUGUUUACAUUUCCUUUUUCAAGGGCAGGUUUGUUGGCUACCCUGGAAACUACAACACACUCCUUGGAAUCCGAAAUGAGGAUUGUGGCUCCUCUGGAUGUCUCAUUGAACUUGCUCAAGAGCUGUUGGUCAUCAUGGUAGGCAAACAGGUCAUCAGCAACAUUCAGGAAUUUGUCUUGCCUAAAUUAAAGACAUGUUGGUACAAGAGGAAGUUGAAGCCAGCUUUCAGUUUAGAAGUGAUAGAUGAACCAGACACGAAGCCAGAGCACACGCCGUGGGAGGCGGACUAUCAGCUGCUGGUGUGUGAGGGGCUGUUUGUUGAGUAUCUAGAGAUGGUCCUGCAGUUUGGUUUCAUCACCAUCUUUGUGGCAGCCUGUCCCUUGGCACCGGUCUUCGCCUUGAUUAAUAACUGGGUGGAAGUGCGUCUUGAUGCCCAGAAGUUUGUCUGUGAGUACCGCAGGCCUGUUGUGGAGAGAGCGCAAGACAUUGGAAUCUGGCUUAUGGUCCUACAGUUCAUCUCCUACCUGGCUGUCAUUAGUAAUGCUUUCCUGAUUGCCUUCACGUCUGAUUUCCUGCCGCGCCUCUACUACCGCUACAACAAGGGAAGUAUGAGUGGUUAUAUUAACUUUACCCUUUCAGUUGCCCCAGAGAACUUCACCCAAAGCCAGAUGUCAUGCAGAUAUCGAGGCCAGAGAGAUGAGAAUGGACAGUACACACAGGAUUACUUCAACCUGCUAGCCAUUCGUCUGAGUUUUGUUAUCAUAUUUGAGCAUGUUGUACUCCUGAUUGGACGAAUUAUUGACUGGAUGGUGCCAGACAUUCCAGAGGAGGUGGAAAUUAAGAUCAAAAGAGAGCAUUAUAUGGCCAAAGAGGCACUUGCUGAGAAUCAGUCGUUGAGCAAAACUGUUCUGGAGGACAUGGAGAGACAAAGCUCUGAGCUGCGACACAGAUUAAGAUUACAGAGUCCUACAGACAUCAUCUCCUCUUCCUUUUGUCCAUCUCCUGUACAUGAAGACAAACCUCCACUCUGACAGUCUGAUAUUUUAGACUUUUGAUAAGGCAAACUAGUGACUCCACAAUGAGUAGAUGUUUUUGUAACCGUUGAUAAUUAAUAGUGCUACAUUGGUCCCAUUGUGAUAAAUUCUAAAGGCAUUAUAAUAUAAUGGUUACUACUGAUAGACAUAGCAUGUGGCCCAGUUCAAAUUCCAUCUUGAAUUGUAUGUGGUAUUAGAAAUAGUGUGUCCCAAAUCAUACUUUGUAAAAACUAGUAUGCCAAAGGUUCUGUGCAUGCUUUUUUUGGGGUAUGGAAGAGGAGUUCUCUUUCACCUUUUUAUGUUAAAUAACAAUGGCAAGAAAUGUGAGACCAGAGUUUUUUAUUUAUUUAUUUAUUUAUUUUUUAUCCACAGCAGUUUAUAAAGAAUCCACUCUACACACUUAAAAGAUGACCAUAUUACCUUUAGCAGAUAUACAGGUUUAAAAUGCAUUGUCUUUCCUUGCAGAAAAACAGACCAAUAAUAUUGAUUACUCAUCUUGCACUCAGGGGCAAAUUAAAAUUACUUUCCAACAAAAAGCUUGUUGAUAUGAGAAUUUCAACUGACUCCCACUAAUGCCACUUUCAACCAACUAGUAAUAGCAAGUAGAAAAUCUUGGUUCAUGGCUGUGACGUAAACUAAAGGCUAUAAUAUGUCAAGACAGGAAAGAAAACUGUGGUCAUCAAGCAAUUUCAUGGGGUCUUUAAAUGUAUGAACCUAAAAGUGAAGAUACAAUACAUUUUAAUGUAAUGAAUGUAGUUAGAUGACAAAUUCAUACAGUAUGCAACAAGGUGGUGUUUGGUAUCAAGAUUUUAUGAUGGUAUGUCUACUGUGUACUAUUAACCACUAUUUUAAUACACACUAAUUGUACUUUGCAAUCACCAUUAAAGUACAGUAUAUACACUAUAUUGCCAAAAGUAUUCGCUCAUCUGCUUUUAGAUGCAUAUGAACUUAAGUGACAUCCCAUUCUUAAUCCAUAGGGUUCAAUAUGACGUCGGCCCACCCUUUGCAGCUAUAACAGCUUCAACUCUUCUGGGAAGGCUUUCCACAAGGUUUAGGAGUGUGUUUAUGGGAAUUUUUGACCAUUCUUCCAGAAGCGCAUUUGUGAGGUCAGACACUGAUGUUGGACGAGAAGGCCUGGCUCGCAGUCCUCGCUCUAAUUCAUCCCAAAGGUGCUCUAUCGGGUUGAGGUCAGGACUCUGUGCAGGCCAGUCAAGUUCUUCCACACCAAACUCGCUCAUCCAUGUCUUUAUGGACCUUGCUUUGUGCACUGGUGCGCAGUCAUGUUGGAACAGGAAGGGGCCAUCCCCAAACUGUUCCCACAAAGUUGGGAGCAUGGAAUUGUCCAAAAUCUCUUGGUAUGCAGAAGCAUUCAGAGUUCCUUUCACUGGAACUAAGGGGCCAAGCCCAGCUCCUGAAAAACAACCCCACACCAUAAUCCCCCCUCCACCAAACUUCACAGUUGGCACAAUGCAGUCAGACAAGUACCGUUCUCCUGGCAACCGCCAAACCCAGACUCGUCCAUCAGAUUGCCAGAUGGAGAAGCGUGAUUCGCCACUCCAGAGAACGCGUCUCCACUGCACUAGAGUCCAGUGGCGGCGUGCU